ACGGAGGUGCUGGACGAGGACCGGCGGUCGGUGAGCGCUGUGGACUACUACUUCAUCCAGGAGGACGGGAGCCGCUUCAAGGUGGCCCUGCCCUACAAGCCCUACUUCUACAUCGCCACCCAGAAGGGCUGCGAGCGAGAGGUGUCCUCCUUCCUCUCCAAGAAGUUCCAAGGGAAGAUUGCAAAGCUGGAAACCAUCCCCAAAGAAGACCUGGACCUGCCCAACCACUUGGUGGGCCUGAAGAGGAACUACAUCAAGCUGUCCUUCAGCACGGUGGAUGACUUGGUGAAGGUGCGGAAGGAGAUCUCUCCUGCUGUGAGGAAAAACAGAGAGCGAGACCAGGCGAGCGAUGUCUACACGGCCAUGCUGUCGAGCGCCCUGAGCGGAGGCAGCCUGAGCACGGAUGAGGAGGGGGCCUCCAGAAAGGUUGCCAGCCAGAUGGACAACAUUGUGGACAUGCGGGAGUACGACGUGCCCUACCACGUUCGCCUCUCCAUUGACCUGAAGAUCCACGUGGCUCACUGGUACAACGUGCGGUACCGGGGCAGCACCUACCCCCCCGAAAUCACCCGCCGAGACGACCUUGUGGAGCGACCGGAUCCUGUUGUUCUUGCCUUUGACAUUGAAACUACCAAACUCCCUUUGAAGUUUCCUGAUGCGGAGACAGACCAGAUCAUGAUGAUCUCCUACAUGAUUGAUGGGCAGGGCUACCUGAUCACAAACAGGGAGAUCGUUUCUGAGGAUAUUGAAGACUUUGAGUUUACCCCCAAGCCGGAGUACGAGGGUCCAUUUUGUGUCUUUAAUGAACCAGAUGAAGCUCAUUUAAUACAGAGGUGGUUUGAACAUGUCCAGGAGACCAAACCCACCAUCAUUGUCACGUACAAUGGAGACUUCUUUGACUGGUAA